AUAUUAAUUAAAGGGUGUAUUAAAAGCAACGUAUAUAUUAACGAAGAGGUUAAGAGUCAUCAAGAAUACGGAGAACGUUCACUCAGCUUACACGUUAAAACGGAGAAUUCAUUUUCUGACAUUGGGAAUUUUGGAAGAGUCGAAACUUUCCACCAAGUGUCCUCAUCGAGAUCAGUUUAGAGGUUCGGAGUUGGUCCCAUUCAGUUCCAUUAACUCCUGAUUUGUCUCCGACAUCUUUUAAGUAAAAUUCAAAAUGUCUGAAAAACUCCCGAGUAAUCAGCCGCAACCCAUUGUUAAAAUAGGCCAUUAUACGUUAGGCCAGACUUUAGGUGUGGGUACGUUUGGCAAAGUGAAAAUUGGGGAACACGUUUUAACAAAACACAAAGUUGCUGUGAAAAUUCUGAAUCGUCAAAAAAUCAAGAGCCUGGAUGUCGUGGGCAAAAUUCGUAGAGAAAUACAAAAUCUUAAACUCUUCAGACAUCCUCAUAUCAUUAAGCUAUAUCAGGUCAUAAGUACUCCUACAGAUAUAUUCAUGAUAAUGGAAUACGUCUCAGGAGGAGAGUUAUUCGAUUAUAUCGUUAAACACGGCAAGCUUAAGGAAUACGAAGCGCGACGAUUUUUCCAACAGAUCAUAUCAGGCGUCGAUUAUUGCCAUCGACAUAUGAUAGUACAUCGUGAUUUAAAGCCAGAAAAUCUUCUGUUAGAUCACAAUCUCCAUGUGAAAAUUGCUGACUUCGGUCUGUCAAACAUGAUGAUGGACGGAGAGUUCUUGCGUACUUCAUGCGGCUCUCCGAAUUACGCUGCACCAGAAGUGAUAUCCGGUAAAUUAUACGCCGGUCCCGAAGUCGAUAUUUGGUCGUGUGGUGUUAUAUUGUAUGCGCUACUUUGUGGUACCUUGCCAUUCGACGACGAGCAUGUUCCUACUCUCUUUCGCAAGAUCAAAUCCGGUGUUUUUCCUAUUCCGGAAUAUUUGAACAAAAGUGUCGUUAGCCUCUUAUGCCACAUGUUGCAAGUGGAUCCAAUGAAGAGAGCGACUAUCGAAGAUAUUAAAAAACACGAAUGGUUCCAAAAAGAUUUACCGUCGUACUUAUUUCCAUCACCUGUCGAACAAGAUUCUUCAGUUAUCGAUAUAGACGCUGUGAAUGAAGUAUGCGAAAAAUUUAAUGUGAAAGAACCAGAAGUACAUUCCGCACUGUUGGGCGGCGAUCCACACGAUCAAUUGGCGAUCGCUUAUCACUUAAUCAUAGACAAUAAGAGAAUCGCGGAUGAAGCUGCUAAGGCGGAAUUGAAAGAUUUUUAUGUAGCGUCUAGUCCUCCGCCUGUAGCAUUUAGUCCAAACGAGGCAAACAGUAGUCCGUUGAGGCCUCAUCCAGAAAGAAUUGCACGUAAUGGCAAUGUUACAGCAUACCGCGAACGUCAAGGUUCGCAAGGCAGCGCACCUGCACAGAUGCAAGGAAAUCGCGGUACGCCUGUGAAAAGGGCGAAGUGGCAUUUAGGAAUUAGAUCACAAUCCAAACCCAACGACAUUAUGAAUGAAGUUUAUCGUGCUAUGAAAGCGCUUAAUUUUGAGUGGAAGAUUGUAAACACAUACAGUGUUAGAGUAAGACAUAAAAAUAAACUGACUGACAGAUAUAGCAAGAUGUCAUUACAAUUAUAUCAAGUUGAUCACAAGAGUUAUUUGUUAGACUUCAAAUCUUUAUCCAGCGAAGAAGAGGACAUUGGACGAGAUCCAACAUUGCCGCCUCCGCAAGCAACAGGCCAUCACACAAUGGAAUUUUUUGAAAUGUGUGCAGCAUUAAUUACGCAAUUGGCACGAUAGCGUGUCUACUUCUUUUUUAAAGUUACAUUAAAUCCGGUUAUAUACUGUGCUUUUAACAUUGUAUAGUUUGAAAUAA